GAAGUGCUUUGCGUCAUCAUUCCGCGACUCAAAGACCCAAGGUUGUCUACACGUGAGUGCUAGUUGUCACGAAACUACAAACAAAUGUGUGUAUUAAAGAGAUUGUGCGAUAUCGUUAUCGAUUCUGGAUACUGAUUUGCCGAACAAAUAUUCAGAAUGCAGUCAGUUACGUUCGGGAACAUUCACGUAUUAAAACAGCUGUCAGUACUACGCAACUCUUUUUGUGCUCCGUUAAUCUAUGGACGGAGCGAUGCGAUGUUGGCUUGGGUACGCAGUAUGACUACAGCUGCCUCACAGUCUGUGGUGAUCCGGAUCCCGAGACGAAUGCAGGAGCGCAUAGAGAACAUCAAGCAGAUGCAAAGCAAAAAAUUUAACAAGCUCCCAACAAUCAAACCUGGCAGACUACUGAUCAGGAGCAGAAACCCUCAGCUGAACCAGUCUGUUGGCUAUACACUUGGAAAAUUUGAACAACCCGUGCUUGUUUCUAAGGGAUGGAAAAACAAAGAAGCACUAGGGGAUUACUUUACUAUAAACAGCGUCCAAAGUGCACCGCCAUUCAUGGUGAAACAUGAAGGUGAGGGUGAUGACCACAAAAAGACAUUUAAUUGCUUUAACAUUUGUCCAGAGUUGGUAGAGACGUUACAGAGUCAGAAUAUAAUUCAUCCCACCACAGUGCAGAUGCAAACCAUUCCUAAAAUACUACGGGGUUUUAAUGUUCUCUGUGCUGCAGAGACGGGAAGUGGUAAAACACUCGCUUAUCUACUUCCCAUCAUCCAUAAGCUGCUAUUAGAAAAGCAGUUAGAGAAAUUCACUGACACAGAGAGAAAGAUCCAAGCCGUGGUUGUUGUCCCAUCGCGGGAACUAGCAGAACAAGUAACGUCUGUGGCUCGUUCCAUUUCCCAGCAGUCAGGGCUUGUGGUCAAAGUUGUGGGGGGAGGCAGAGGUGUGGGAAACAUCAAAGCGACAUUCUCGCACACCCAACCAGAUGUUUUGGUGGCAACCCCCGGUGCCCUUCUGAAGGCCCUUUGGAAGCGAUUUGUCAGUUUGAGUGACCUUAACUUCUUUGUGAUCGACGAAGCUGACACCAUGUUUGAUGACAGCUUUGCAGGCAUGCUUGAAAAAAUUUUGUCCCAUGCCCAAGUGGCAUCCAGGCUCUCCGAGACUGUCGGUUUCACCCGUAAAGCACAGCUUGUUGUCGUGGGGGCCACAUUCCCUGGUGGUGUCGGAGAGAUCCUCAGUAAGGUGACUGAUUUGGGCAGCAUGGUCACUGUUAAAAGCCAGAUGCUACAUUGUCUUAUGCCUCAUGUAAAACAGACGUUUCUGAGGGUGAAAGGUGCCGACAAGAUUCUGGAGCUUCAUCAGGCUCUGAAGAAGGCUGAACAGGAGCACAAAGGUGUCCUGGUGUUUUGCAACUCGGCAUCCACUGUCAACUGGCUGGGCUACUCGCUGGAUGAAAUGGGCGUGCGUCAUAUGAGGCUUCAGGGAGAAAUGCCCGCUGCCAUGAGAGAAGGAAUCUUCAGGAACUUUCAGAGAGGAAAUGUUGACAUUCUCAUAUGCACUGACAUAGCUUCAAGGGGCUUGGACACACAGAGGGUUGGACUUAUUGUCAAUUAUGACUUCCCAGAAUCCCACACAGAUUAUAUCCACAGAGCAGGACGUGUGGGGAGAGCAGGUAGCUCCAGUGGAGGGGAGGUGCUGAGCUUUGUUACUCAUCGCUGGGAUGUGGACCUUGUGCAAAAAAUUGAGACAGCUGCCAGGAGAAGAAGUUCUUUACCUGGGAUGGAGUCAGAAAUUAAAAAACCCAGCAAUAAAACAGAAAUGUAAAGUUUAACAAAAGGUAAUAUAUUUUAUGAUCACUAAAUUAAGCUUAAAACAGUGGAAAAUGUAAGAUAUCUGUUGUUAAUUUGUAAUAAACCAUUUGAAAUAAAUGAAAAGUUUUUUUGUAUUUCUAUGUAAGAAAGUUCACUAAGGCUUACAGUUCUUAUUAGGCUCAUACCCGUUAAGGUUUACAGUUCAUGCUAUUAUACUAACAGGGCUCAAUAUUACAAGCAUCCAAACCUAAAGACAACACAAAACGCAGAUCCCUUAAAUGCUAUCAUAACUAAAACCCAUUUUAAUUAAGCAUAUUAGUAAAUUUCUUUUUUAAUAGCUGGUGUGAUGCUGCUUUGUUUGUGUGUUGUUAUUUGAAGCCCAUAAUUGUUAUCUGCAUAAUAGGGAUAAGAGUGAUAGAGAAGUCUGAAAGUAAGGCUGCAUGCAUCACUGCCAUGCGCUUAUUAUUUCUGCACAACAGGGUGGUUGCCAUGAGAUAAAUCUGAACUUUGCAGCAGUGCCUUUGAGAAGAGCGCUUUUCAUAACAUUGAUUAGAAGAGGUAUAAACACUAGAUGUCAGCUUCUCUGAUGGAGUUGAAUAAAAAACCUGAACUACUGCUGUUUUAUCUAAUGCUUAGAGGCAAACCUUCAGACAUGUGAUCGACUGCUUACCUGCAAAUCCUGUUUCAAGUAUUUUAUCCAUAUAGCACUGUUUAAUAAUAUUGUUUGAAAGCAGCUUUACAUGAA